UUGGUGAUCAACUGGUCCAGCGAAACAUGGAUCCUCAGUGAGAACGGCGAGGAGCGGGUAAGACACCGAUUCUCUGUCCGUAUGUGGGCUCUGAUAGUCGGAUUGUGAGGACGGGAGGAAACGGAGAUGCGACGGACGGACAGAGGCUGCUUGUUCCGCCAUGCCUGCGUCCAGCAGCGGCGGCGGCAUUAGGUUUGAGAGGCGAACAAUGGCGAUGUGCUCAGAGGCGUGUGCUUCAGGCUCUGGAGGAGACUCCUCUGGCAGUGAGGGGGAUUCCAGCUGCCUUCAGUUUGGGGUUCGUUCCUAUUUGCACCACUUUUAUGAAGAGUGCUCGUCCUCCAUGUGGGAGAGAGACCCGGAGAAUCGAGGAUUCGUCCAGAGCCAGAGGUCAGCCCUGUGGUGGAACUCAGCUGUCUGGAAGGUGUCCUUGGCUCUGGGUCUCCUGGUUCUGACUGCAGGCAUCGUGUCUCUCUCAGUUGGCUUCUCCACACCCCAUAGGAUCGAGUCUUUUGGGGAAGGAGACCUGUUCUUUGUUGACGCCCAGGCCAUCAGCUUCAACAGGGGGCUGCACCUCAGCACUGCAGCCGGCAUUGGGCUGUCCUGCCUCGGCUCUGCGCUUGUGAUGAUGGGGGUCGUGGUCUGGAUCCUCCCCAGGGCCAACUUGAAAGGCAGGCUGUUCAAUGAAUCCAGAGAAGAGGAGCAGAGAGGGGAGCCAGGGUCAAAGCAAAGGGGAUUCAGUGAUGGGAGGGGUGUGAUUACUAAGCCACCGGCUACAGAGGAAGGAAAGGUUCCCUUCUCUUUGUUAGGUGUGAAAAAUGUGCAACCUCCUUCAUAAAAAUAACUCUGCAUCAGAGCUACAGGCAGUCUAUCAUCCUCAAAUCCCAUUAUCCCAUCACGACCUGAUAAGUACACAUUUGCUUUUGUGUUUUAAACAUCUGUGCCUCAUCAGCACACAGAGGACCACAUUAUUAAUAAAUACGAGGGGAAAGUUUCUGAUUUAGUCUAAAAGCUGAACCUCUCGUCUGUUUAUUGCUUUAAAACCAGAGUUAUUGAUGGUGAAGCCCUAAAGCCCCAAAGACCUAGCCUAGUGAACUAGACCAAAUUCUUGCUUUGCAAAGUUUGGUCUAGGCACGCUCCAUUGGAACCUCAGCAGCUCCUACCAGGACUCUGGCUGGCCAAUCACAGCUCUCUAGAGGGGUUUCAAACACAUAAAGAGCUGUGAUUGGUCCAUAAUGGUGGGCCAAUUAUAGUGCUCUAUCUGCUUAGUGAACAAAUCACAGAGCUUUAUCCGCUUUGUGGGCCAAUCAGGGCACUCUAUAUGCCUGGUGGGUGGGAUGAUGCAACAGAGUGAAACAAGAGUAUGUCACAUUCAUUGUCCAGUGGAAUGUGGAGAUCAUUUGAAAGACAACGGUAGAACCCGCCCCACAACUGAGAGCCGUCAAUGGAGCGUGGCCAGACUAAAUAAUACAUUUAUUUAGUCUGGCUUGCCAGGCUACCAAAGAGCACCAUUUAAACAGAAUAGAACAAAUGAGGUCUGCAGAAGACAACCCUCGUGUUUACAGCUCAUUGUGCUGCUGUGUCGACCACAGGCUGUUUGGUCAGUGCUCCGGUGUUGAUUUUAGAAGACACGCACCUCACUGAGGGGAAUCCUAGCUGAUCUAACACACUUACAUUAAAGGUAACAUGUAAAUAAACUUUGUUUCAGCUCUUUUUUAGGUGUCAGGACAUCAUCGUUGUCGGAUGAACAUCCUACAUGUUUCGGAUGUUUCUCUGUUUCAGCACACCUGGUUUAAAUCGAGCUUCUGCAGAAUUUCAGCACACGCUGAGGAGGUUAAUCAGAGGUUGAUUUCAAUUCAGUUUAGUUUAUUUGUUUUGCACCAAUUCACAAGUUUUUAAAAGUGUUUAAAAGUGCUUUUCAGUCCAUCGGUCCCAGCGUGCUCUCCAAUGCAGAACAGUUGAGCGCUUGUGGAAGAAAACCCAUCUCCACAUCCAUCUGCUGCACCUAAAGGAUCUUCUGACAUCCUUUAACUCUGCAGUCAGAGACGCUAGGGUUUCCUAUUUCUCCAAACUGGUGUCCCAGAGCAAAGGAACCCCAAGGUGCUGUUUAACAUCAUCAGCAGCAUAGUGUCUCCUGCCUCUCCUACAGCCUCCAUCCACUCUGUUACAGACUGUGAGAACUUUCUGUCUUUCUUUGUGGACAAAGUCAGUAAGGUUAGAUCUAGCAUCUCUCCUUCAGCCUUAUCGCUGCCUCUCCCGACUCCAACCAGGCCCAUCAUCCUAGAUAGCUUUGCUCCUGUUUCUUUGCCUGAGUUAACCAAACUAGCUAACUCUAUGAAGACCUCUGCAUGCCUCCUCGACAUCUUACCCUCAUCUUUGUUUAAAAGUGCUUUUCAGUCCAUCGGUCCCAGCGUGCUCUCUAUAAUUAAUGCUUCUCUGGUUUCUGGUCAGGUUCCUGCUUACUUUAAGAACGCUGUAAUCCACCCGCUUCUUAAAAACCCCUCUCUCCAUAGCAGCUUCAGACCCAUCUCUAAACUUCCGUUAAUCUCCAAGAUCUUGGAAAAGGUUGUGGCUAAACAACUCACAGCUGAUCUUGAUGAACAUAACAUCUAUGAUAGCUUCCAGUCAGGUUUCCGUAGAGCUCAUUCUACUGAAACAGCUCUUCUUAGGGUCUCUAAUGACCUUCUGACUCACAGUGAUGCAGGGGACCGUUCUGUUCUGGUCCUGCUGGACCUGACUGCAGCCUUUGACACUGUUGACCAUCACCUGCUACUGGAGAGGCUGAGAGACUGGGUAGGCCUAUAGGGAUCUGCUCUGGAGUGGUUCUCCUCUUAUCUUUCUGAGAGCUCCUUUUCUGUGGCCGUCUCCAAGUUUAGGUCCUCCACCACCUCCCUUACCCAUGGUGUCCCACAAGGUUCUGUGCUGGGGCCUCUACUCUUCCUCUUCUAUCUGCUUCCUCUUCAGCACAUCCUGAGCUCCUUCAAAGGAAUCUCCUACCAUCUUUAUGCAGAUGACAUCCAGCUGUACAUCUCCUUUAAGCCCCAUGAGAUGUCUAAGCUGCAGCUGUUACACACCUGCUUAGACUAUCAAAACCUGGAUGGUGGGAGCUUUCUACAGCUGAAUGAAGAUAAGACUGAGAUCCUCAUCUGUGCCCCAGACAAGCUGGUUCCCAAAGUCAGAGACUCUUGGUCAGCUUGCUUCUCACACCAAACCUUCCGUCAGGAAUCUUGGCGUGACCUUUGACCCAGCUCUCACCCUGGAUUCUCAUGUCAGUUCUCUUGUUCGCUCUUCCUUCUUCCAUCUCAGGAACAGUGCUAAGCUGAGUCCCAUUCUGUCCCGCUCUGAACUUGAGACAGUUCUCCACACCUUCAUCUCCUCACACUUAGACUACUGUAACUCUCUUUUCACGUGUCUGAGCAGAACCUCCCUGAACCGUCUACAGGUGGUUCAGAAUGCCUGUGCUCGGCUUCUGACCAAGUCCUCCAAACACACCCACAUCACCCCGCUUCUCCUCCAGCUUCACUGGCUGCCAGUCAACUUCAGGGUUCAUUUCAAGAUCCUGGUUCUGGUCUAUAGGGCCUUACAUGGACAAGCACCAUCUUACAUUGGUGAUCUUCUUAGUCCCUACACCCCCAGCAGGUCCCUGAGGUCCAGUGAUCAAAGCCUACUGGUUGUGCAGCACCAGGCUAAAGACCAAAGGUGACAGAUCAUUUGCUGCUGUGGCCCCCAGACUCUGGACCUCUCUCCCCCUGAGCCUGAGAUCAGUGGACUCAUUGGUCUCCUUUAAAAAGCAGCUGAAAACUCACUUGUUCACGCUGGAUUUUGUCUGACCUUCAUCACCACUUUUUAUUCUGCUCUCCCCACCUAUUCCACCGUCCUCGGGAUCCACUGAUUUCCGUCUUUCCUAUUCACUCUUUCUCUUUCUUAACAUUUUAAUCAUAAUUGUCUAUUUUUUGCUUAUUUUAAAUAUGUUUUUAAUCAUUUUCUAAAUUAUUUUUUAUAUUUUUACAUGUUUUUGUUUUUGUGAAGCGCCUCGUGAUUCAUAUCUUGAGAGGCGCUAUAGAAAAGAUCUUUUCUUCUUCUUCUUCGUCUCAAGGCACAACCCAAUUGAGCCUGCUUACCAGUGCAUCAAGUUUAGUUCAAUUAGCCAAUUAGUUAAAAGUUUCCUAGUUGAGGAAACCCAGCAGAUUACAUCGAGUCACUGACUUGUGUCAGAUUUUACAGCAAUGCCCAUACUAAUCAAACGUGUAGCGACAGUGGAGAGGAAGCUCCCCUUUUCGUAUUUUAAAUCAUUUUCUUGAGCCAGUUGCUAAAAUGACCCUUUAUAAGGUUAAUGAAGUCACUCAGAUCCCCACCAUCCCCUGUGGCCAGAAUACCACACUUGCAACUUCAGACUGGUUGGCCACCCCUGCUGUACUAGAAAAAAAUGAGCAGACAUGCCUGCCACUGCAGUUUGUUCCCAGCAUGUUCCCUGCGUGUUUUCAAUCACGAGCACAGCUGAUUUGUUUGCUUUAGAGAUGAAUCACUUCUGUAGACCCUUAGGAAGGCUGAGGAGACAUUUCCGCUGCUAGAUUAAGGCGUUAAAAUGACGAACGCACAGCGAGGAGAUAAGUUUCAUUUUCAGUUUAAUCACAGAGAAUUAAUAACAAACAUCAGGGGGUGCAAAAAGCAAGCUAAACUGCCUAGCUAAACUGCCUAGCUUUAACAGGAAAAAAAACUCCAACAGAACCUGGCUCAGUAUGAACAAGCAUCUGCCACGACUCACUGAAGACAGAGCAGACAAAUAAUUUCUGUAAAAAAUAAUAAAUCAGGUGCGAUGGAGCAGAAAUAAAAAUUAAAAGGUGGGAAUGGCGGCCCUAGAGGACCGGGAUUAGACACCUCUGGUGUUUUGAAGAUACUUUGUGUUUAAUUACAAAAACAAAUAAGCCAUGUUGUAUCAUGUCUAUAGGUUUUCUAAAUUUACUGAUUUUUGUCUUUUUUAUUAACUUUUAAACUAAAGCCUGUAGAGUUUUGGGUUAUUCUAAAGCAGGGAUUCCCCUGGGGGUGCGAGAGCUGCCGCUAGGGGGUGCGCGAGGUGAACAGUGUAAUGGCUGCGGAGCUCAGAGAAGUCUGUCAUAUGUCACCAUUAGCGUAGCCAGAAACUCAUCUGUGGGUGGGCCUAAAAAAAGUAGGUGGGCCCAAUAAAUGUAAUUGAAAACAAGUAUAUUUUGCUUGUGUGUGUGUGUGUGUGUGUGUGUGUGUGUGUGUCCUCUGCAUGUGCCCUAGCUUCAUAAUAAUAAUGCGCUCCAAGCUUCAGCGCUCUGACCUGCACACGCUGUCAAUAGCAAGAUAUGUUCAGUAUUUGAUCAUUUUUAACAUGUUGGAGGAAUCUGAAGGUGGUGAGUCAUUCUGGCAGAUUGUAAUUAACACCUGUCUCAUGCAGGUGUUCUGACAUUGUAAACCUCACACACAGAACAUUGUGGAUGUAACAAAAUAACAAGAAAUAAUUCCCAUCUGAGCAUUUUAGCAUUAUUAUAUUAUUAUAGUAGCUCACUGACUGUGGGACAGCAUUCUAAACGUGUCAGGCUAUUAACAGCACGCUGAAGAUCUGAAGGUCAGAGUGCGUCUGUCAGAGGUCAGACGCGUUCCAGCAGAACCACGGCUCACGGGUGCACAAGUGAGCACAUCUGGGCUGGGCAGAAGUAAUUUUACAACAUUGGUUUAAAUAGCGCCAAUAACGAGACGCAGUGACUGGAGCGGCUCAUGGAGCUGUGCCACACACACACACACACACACACACACACACACACAGAUUCAAUAAGCGCACGUUGCGCAAACUCCGGCGUUGGGCUGUGCCGCGCCGGCUCGCGCCGUCAGACUAAAGGCAGAAAUGAGCGCUGCCUCCUCUGUGAUAAAAACUUUUAAGAUGUUUUAUAACAACAUUUUUCAUUCAAGAUCAAAUUAAGAUAUUAGCUUCUAUUUUGGGAUGAUGUAUAAAAUUCGAGUCCGCUCCAGCCAGUGACUCCUCAUGAACCUGACCACAACUCAUGUUACUGCAGCAUUUGUUAUUCCAGUCCACGUGGCAGCGGAUCGCAGAUUCAGCCACACCAUAAAACAGCAAUAAGUCAGUCUGAGGCAAAAUUAAACCUCAUGGCUAUAGCUUUUCCAUCUUUUCCCCAUAGAUAUUUGAUUACGCACAAGUAGGUGACCAGUUCAGGUUUACGCAGAGCAGAAGGAAGGAGAGAGCUCUGGUUAAACGUUCCUACUUUAAGAAAACCUUUAAAUUGCGUUGUUUAUUUAAAAUUAAAUCAAAGGAAAUUGUAAUGUAUUGAAUGUUUAUUAAUUACUAUUUAAAAAAUGAAGGUGAUGGGGGAAAAGGUCGAUCAUAUUAUUUUUAGCCCUGUCUGUCGAGUGACUGUUUAGCUUGAUGUCUGAUAUAUAUAUAUAUAUAUAUAUGUAUGUAUGUAUGUAUGUAUAUAUAUAUAUAUAUAUAUAUAUAUAUAUAUAUAUAUAUAUAUAUAUAUAUAUAGACCCAUGCCCUGAUGUGGGGGCUGGGAGGUGCGUCGACAUGGUCGGGACAUACUGUAGAAGGGGGUGCUCGGCUAAAUAGGUUUGGGAAACGCUGUUCUAAAGUAUCAGACUGGCUGAGAUGUCCGCUCCUGGAAAGAUUGUGCAUUUCAAGUAAUUUCUCCAAACUUUUUCAAAAUAACUUUUUAUAUGUGCUCUGCUUAUGAACAACGACAUGAAAGAAUAUGUAAAAUGUUCAUCUGAGAUGGUUUUUAUAUGUAUCAUUAAAAACUCAACAAGACGAGAUGAUUUCAGUCAUUAAAUAUGGUGUAAUCUUUUUUUAACAUGACUGUGUUUGUUCCCCCAAAAUUUUUCACUUCAUCUGUAUUUUUCUUUUUUUAAUAACUUCAUUAUUUUUCCAAAGAGUAUCACAGAGGUGACAGUACUGCAUGAAUCACUUGUCAACACUUUUGUGAUAACACACACACACACACACACACACACACACACACACACUCACAGAUGUGACAUGCAGAGGGGGAUCCAGACCAAGAAAAUCAUUACCAAUUUGUUCCAACAUGUUCACAUAUCUGCACUUAAGCUCAUCCCGCUGAAUGAAACACACGUACAGUCACACACACAUUCAGUUGUGCUCCGUUGACAGUAUCACUGAUUCUCCUCCCCACACUAAUCUGGCUCUGUAAUUGCCUGCAGUCUGUGUAUCCUGGCAACAGUUGGGCUUUAAGUGCUUUAUUUUGAACUCAGAACAAAGACUCUUCACUCAUUGGUCCCUCACAUCUCCAUUCUCUUUAUUAUUACACCUAUCAUAGGUCUGUUUUUCUCUCUCCUGUUUACAGGCACACACAGUAGUAACAUGUAAGUGCCGCAGCUCUGAGGUAAAAGGAAAUUGCACUGGCUCUGAAGCCACCUGUCAUGUUUGGACCGCUGAUCCAGUCAAAUCAAACAUGUAAAUAAUGGAACAACCAGGAAAUCCUGGGAUAACGACAUUGGUUUGGAUAAAUGUUUGUAUUUUAUUGUUUGACUGUUUAGUUGGAGAUGAUAAAGCUGGGUUAGUUGAACCAGUGUGAAGCAAAGGACCAAAUAAAAUGUGAUCUGCAUACCA